CUUAGCCUCAUCGUCUUUGUCUGUCCGAGAUCAAAUACGCCGUCGUCUGCCAGGGCCUUGGUUUUUCUUUUCUGGGAUAUAUCACCAUCCUUGACUGGACGAGAAAUCGAAGAGACAUCGUCACAGCAAGAGACAGACUCAAACAAGACCCAUCUAGGAUAAACCCCAGUGUGUGUAUGCGAUGGCAUCCAUAAAAUCCCUCCUCAACCCUCUUCCUUUCCCAGAGCGAGACCGAGAGCGAGAGCGAGACCGGUUCUCCCUCCCAAAUCAAUCAUCAUCAUCAUCAUCUCCCAACACAUCCAGUCCUCUAUCUCUAGUCUCACGACCUCCGAUCCCAGUCCCCCUCCCAAUCCACCGCCCCAGAAAACCAAAAAUGGCCAAAGACGCCCCCAUCUUCAACCGCGGCCGAGUCAGAGGCGAGUGUCGCUUUGCGCCGUGCGAGCGUCGAGACGCCGAGCUGUCGAAACUGCACCGUGAAUUCCAGAUCCAUCCCAUGAGUGAUAUUGCGGAGUUUCCGAGGCAUAUUCCUUAUAAUAGUGAUAAGAAGUCCUUUCAGGAGAAGACUGGACGGGGGGGUUUUGAAGUCUUUCAAUAUACGUUUAAGAUACCAGGGCAGGAUAAGCCGUGGACGGUUAUGUGGGAUUAUAAUAUCGGUUUAGUUCGGACGACGCAUUUGUUCAAAUGUUUGGACUACUCCAAGACCACCCCCGCCAAAGUCCUCAACGCAAACCCCGGCCUACGCGAAAUCUGCCACAGCAUCACAGGCGGAGCCCUCGCCGCACAAGGAUACUGGAUGCCCUACACAGCAGCAAGAGCCAUAGCAGCAACCUUCUGCUGGAAGAUCCGCUACGCACUAACACCUCUCUUCGGCGUGGACUUUCCGAACGACUGUAUCCAUCCGGAUAAUCGGAACCAGUUCGGGAGGAUGAUCAUCCUCCCGCAGGUUAUCCAGAUGGCGACUCGGGAGACGAGCGUUUAUAGAUGCAUGGAGAGGGGCGAGUAUGUCUCUUCGCGGAUCGAAGGGGGUGUGUAUGUCCCGAGUCGGGAGUUGGUGGGCUUUGAUAGUCAACCGUACCGGUCUUGUCCGGAUGGAUCGAAUACGAAUACCCAGUCUGGGAGGACACCACUCCAUCAUCAUCAUGGGUAUACUGGCAGGAUAUACGGUAGAGAGGGAGGGGGAGGCGGAGAGGGAAGGGGAGGGUAUCGCUCGUCCCCGGAUUACAGCACCGAUAUCUCGACGACUAGCACCACGGCGAGCACAGCACCGCACAGCUUGUCUGCUAGUCCGCGCAAUACAUUCACGCCUGUUAAUACGCCGCGCAGUCGGGAUGGGCUGCAGCAGAGGAUUCCCUCGCCGGAGACGCUGUCAACUUGUAUGAGGAGGAUGUCUGUGCAGCAAAGAGCUAUUACUGUUACUACCACCACUACCACUACUAAUACUGCUACUACAACCGCCAACUCAGAUAGUGGCAGUGAGAGUGAUGGUGGGAUGGGCUUGUCGCCUGGACAUUAUAGGCCGAUUUGUUCCUCUCUUUCUUCGUCGUCGUCAUCCUCCUCUCCCACCUGCUCGCCAACCGCAUCAUCAACGUCAACAUCAACGUCAACACCAACAACAAAAAGCGCAACCACAUCCCCACAAGAAGCAAAACAGACAAAACCCAACUACAACACCACAUCCAUCUCUACAUCCAAUCCGUCCUCCUCAAAAAGCCAUCUACAUACAACCCCUCCUCACCCCCCCAAUCCACUCUCCCUUGAGAUACCGAGAAAACGCAAACCCAGCGCCGCGCUUUUCGCCCGCGAAGUCAAAGCCGCGCACGCCCUGCUCGAUCUUCACACAGCUACAGCCAGCGAUGAUGAGUUUGUGGGGUCGUUGGCUUGUAGGGCUGGGAAUGGUGUUGGAUGUGGUGCUGGGGGUGGGAUUGGGGUUGGGGGGGAGGGCGCGAGGAAGAGGAGGAGGGCUUCGGCUUGA